AUGAACCUCUGGAAACUGGUCCUCACGGCGGGGUUGGUGAUGUGCGAGUCUCAGGCCGGCCAACCGACGCCGUCGCACCCGGCCCCGACGCUGCGAUCGUUCGAAGAGUGGCGAAUACACAACCUGUUGCAGAGCGGGCAGAACCUUGGAUCGACGCCAGGAAGCGGUCCCGGACACAGUAACGGCGGUGGUGGAGGCAGCGAGCCGGAAAUGGACCCGUUCACGGGCGAAAUCGACUUUCUCUUCGCGGCGUCCGACGACCCGGGCAAGACCUACAAGGAUCGGUUCAACUACGCGUCGUUCGACUGCGGAGCUACGGUCGUCAAGAGCAACAAAGAUGUCAAGGGAGCAGGGGCCAUUCUCGUGGAGAACAAGGACUCGUACCUACUCAACAAAUGUGUGGCCGGCAGCAAACAUGUGAUCAUCGAGCUGUGCCAGGACAUUCUCGUCGACCAGGUGGUGGUCGGCAACUACGAGUUCUUCUCGUCCAUGUUCAAAGACAUCCGAAUCAGCGUGGCCGAUCGAUACCCCGUGGCAUCUGGAGAAUGGAGAGUGCUUGGUGACUUUACAGCCGACAAUAUCCGAGAUCUACAGACUUUUGACAUCACCGUUCCUCAGAUCUGGGCGCGAUACGUCAAGAUCGAGUUCCUCUCACACUGGGGACACGAGUACUACUGUCCCAUAUCUGUGGUCAGAGUCCAUGGAACCACCAUGAUGGAGGAAUGGAAACGCAGUGGAGGAGAUGGUGACAUUGUCGCGGGCGAAAAGCUGGACGAAUCUCUUCAGGAAGAAACGGCUCAGUUUGAAAAGGCUGAGGAGACGCUCCAUGAAGAGAAGAUGAUCCAGGAGAAUGUGGUUGAGAAGUCCAACCCUUCGCUGAACCAUACCGUCAUCGAAAAGGGCGAAUGCACCCCCAAACUGUCGCUGGACAAGGUCAAACUGGGCCUCAACGAAUACUGCCGUUUGGAUGAGUUCUACCGCAAGAUUGAACGUAACAACAGCAAUAACAACACCGAUACCACCACCAACAACCAAUCUAACAACUCCACAACAACUCCACCGACUCAAGAGUCAAUCUACAAGACUAUCAUGAAACGUCUGUCUCUACUUGAGUCUAACGCAACCCUCUCUCUUCAGUACGUCGAGGAGCAAUCCAAGGUGCUCAGAGACUUGUUGUACAAGAUUGAGAAGAAGCAAAACUCCAAGAUUGACGACUUUUUGUUCCAUUUCAAUGCCACCGUGCUGCAACAGCUAGUCAUGUUCUCUCAACAACGAGAACAGAAGCUCAAUAGAGCCAUCCUUGAGCUUGAUCUGCAAAAGAGCCAAACAGACAAGAACAUGGCUGCCAUUUCGCAACGGUUUGCCAUGCUGGCCGAUGAUCUUGUCUUUCAAAAACGAAUGUCCAUGUUCCAGGGUCUCAUCCUUUUGGUGGUGCUCAUCUUUGUGGCUCUGACUCGAGGUACCGGUCCCGAGUUAUCUCGAAGAUCACGAUUGAUGUUCAAUACAGACGACUCGGAAGACAACUCUGACUUUGGGUCCUUCAGACGCCAUCUGAGACGCAACUUCAAGCGAAAUAUCAGCAGUUUGUCUCCCAGAUGGUCGCUGAAUCUCACUCCUCAGUCCCCUGUGAGUGAUGAUGGAGUGGAUGAGGGUCUGGGACUCGAUAGCGACAGUGAAGACGAGCAUAUCGAGUCCCCGCCACCUCCCAGGACUCUUGGAAGUCCUCUAGCUACUCCGGGACCCAAAAAGAAGAAGUCCCGUUCGUUAUAUGAUGAGCCUGUUCAGUGGGCAGGAGAUACCCCUGAGCCGGUGGACUACAUGAGUCCUGCCGAAGAUGAUGACGACAAAAAGGACCACAGGCGCGACCGCAACAAAGAAGAAUGA